CGCGUUUCAUCUCGGGCUUCCUCCGUUAGCGCGCAGACGAGCUGAAACGGGCGCGAGCAGCUGGAUCGUUCUGAAUCUCUACGCUCGCGCGCAUGUUUGUGUGCGCGCGUGUGAGUGCAUGUGUGUUUUGUCACAUGCGGUGUGCCGGACUUUUGGAUAAAAGGCAGCUGAUUUCUCUUUGAUGAUGAUGAUGAUGAUGAUGAUGAAAAUGAAGACGGUCGCGUUCGGUGUCGGUGCUCACAGGACGGUUCUCGCGCUCGUUCUGGCGGCUCUGUGCGCGCUCCGGUACGCGCGCGCUGCCCACCAUCACCAUCAGUGUAACAGCCCCCUGCUCUCUCUUCUUCCUCCCAUGUCGUUCCAGAGCUCCUCUGUCUCCUCUGAACAUCAUAGUGGGUUUUAUGCUAAGCUAAACACCAGAGACGGAGGUGGAGGUUGGAGGCCUGAUCAUUCAGACCAGCUGCACUGGUUGCAGGUGGACCUGCGUGAGAGAAUGGAGAUUGUUGCCGUGGCGACACAGGGUGUCUCCGGCAGCUCUGAUUGGGUGACGAGAUUCACACUGAUGUGCAGUGACACAGGACACGACUGGAAACAGUACCGACACGAGGAUUACGCUGGAGUUUUCCCAGGAAACACAGACGCUGAAGGUGUGGUCCAUCACAAACUGCCUCACUCCAUCCGCACACGCUUCCUGCGCUUCCUCCCACAGGCCUGGAGCUCUGAGGGACACAUCGGCCUGAGAGUGGAGGUGUACGGCUGCUCCUACAAGUCGGACAUGGCUGAUUUCGACGGCAGGAGCGCACUGCUGUACCGCUUCAACCAGAAGUCCACAAGCACAGUGAAGGACGUGAUCUCUCUGCAGUUUAAAAGCGUGAGAUGGGACGGCGUGUUGGUCCACGGUGAGGGUCAGAGAGGAGAUUACAUCACGCUGGAGCUUCAGAGCGGACGUUUGACCUUACACGUUAACCUGGACGACGCUAAAGUUCACCCCAGUAGCUCUGAGGUCUCCGUAUCUCUGGGGAGUCUCCUGGACGAUCAGCACUGGCAUUCGGUUCUGAUCGAGCGCUUUAACAAGCAGAUCAACUUCACUGUGGACCGUACCACACGCCACCUGCGCUCCGGGGGAGCGGCCGACUCGCUCGAGAUAGACUACGAACUCAGCAUCGGUGGCGUUCCUCUGCCCGGAAAACCGGGAACGUUCCUGCGCAAGAACUUCCGGGGCUGCAUGGAGAACCUGUACUAUAACGGCGUGAACAUCAUCGACCUGGCCAAGCGCAAGAAACCACAGAUCUACAGCGUGGGUAACGUCACCUUUUCCUGCUCAGAGCCUCCCUCAGUCUCGGCGACGUUCCUGAGCUCCAGCAGCAGCUUCCUGCAGAUUCCUCUGGAUGUGUUGGUGGAGACAGGGGCGGAGACAUGGGCGGAGACAUGGGCGGAGACAUGGGCGGAGACAUCCGGGUGGAGCGUGAGCUUCCAGUUCCGUACGUGGAACAGGGACGCAAUGCUGAUGUGGUUCGGACAGCAGGGGGCAGAGACGCUUGUGCUGAUGCUAACUGACACACAGCUGAAGCUCACACACCAGCAGUCAGCGCUACAGAGCUCAGAGAUCACUGUGGGCCGCAGUCUGAGCGACGGACUCUGGCAUGCUGUCUCACUGAAGAUCGAUGCACUCCAGGCUUCUGUCUACGUGGACGAUGGGUCUCCGUCCAGCAUCAGCCUCGGACAUGAGAUGCAACCCGGGACCACUGUCAUGAUCGGCGGAUGCCCAACAUCAGCAGCCAACCAGGGCUGUCGGAACCCCACGCUGGCCUAUCAGGGCUGCAUGCGCGCCAUCAUUCUUAACAACCAUCCUGUCGACUUGUACCAUGUGCAGCAAGGCCUUCUGGGUAAUUACAGCGAGAUCCAAAUCGACACCUGUGGCAUACAGGACAGGUGUAUGCCCAAUUACUGUGAGCAUGGUGGUGAAUGUUCUCAAUCCUGGAGCUCCUUCAGCUGUGACUGCUCUGGUACAGGAUACACUGGAGCGACAUGCCACAACUCUAUCUUCGAAAUGUCUUGUGAAGCACACAGAGUGGCAGGAAGCUCCUCCGGAUUUUUCUCCAUCGACCCGGACGGCAGUGGGCCGCUCACGCACACCGUCGUUUUUUGCAACAUGAGUGAGGAGAAGGUGUGGAUGGUAAUUGGUCAUAACAGCUCAAAGCCAGUGAGCAUCCAGGGUUCAAGUUUUCAGAAGCCACACGUCAUGAAGCUGAACUAUAGCGCAUCACUGCAGCAGCUCACAACCCUGCUCGACCGAGCACAACACUGCCAACAGGAAGUGAUGUACCGCUGCAGGAAGUCCCGCCUCUUCAACACCUGGGAUGGCACUCCGUUAUCGUGGUGGAAGGACAGAGCAGGAGAAAAACGGACCUACUGGGCGGGGUUACUGCCCGGAGUUCAGCAAUGUUCCUGCAGUUUGGCUGAAAACUGCAUUGAUAUGAAUCACUUCUGCAACUGCGACGCAGACCGGAGCUCUUGGGAAAACGAUACAGGAAUGCUGUCCUACAAAGAACAUCUUCCCGUCACUGAGAUGGUGGUUGGAGACACGAACCGAAGUGGCUCAGAAGCCGUUUACCAAGUCGGAUCUUUACAGUGCCGUGGAGACAGGUUUUUGUGGAACGCCGUGUCUUUCUAUCAGGAGUCAUCAUCCUUGCACUUCCCCACGCUGCAGGCUGAGCUCAGCGUCGACAUCUCCUUUUACUUCAAGACCACAGCACCUUCUGGAGUCUUCCUGGAGAACUUGGGUGUCCGUGAUUUCAUCCGGCUGGAGCUGAGUGCCUCAUCAACAGUGACGUUCUCGUUCAAUGUUGGAAACGGUCCUCUGGUCCUGACAGUGAAGUCUCACGUCCCUCUGAAUGACAAGCAGUGGCACCAUGUCCGAGCCGAGCGCAACGUGAAAGAGGCGUCGUUACAGGUGGACCAGCUCCCUUUGCGCUUCUUGGAAGCUCCGCCUGACAGCCACGCCCGUCUGCAGCUCAACGGACAGCUGUUUAUUGGAGGAACUGCCUCAAGGCAGAAGGGGUUUCUGGGAUGCAUCCGAGCACUGACUGUCAACGGUGUGACUCUUGACCUGGAGGAACGCGCCAAAAUGACCCCGGGGGUAAGCGGAGGGUGUCCAGGUCACUGCACCGGCAACACCCGUCUGUGCCAUAACCGGGGGCGGUGCAUCGAGCGGAACAGCGGAUAUGUGUGUGACUGUACACUCUCAGCCUACGGAGGAACUCACUGUCAGACCGAAGUUUCCGUGUCCUUUGAGAGUGGCACGUCUGUGACCUACGCAUUCCAGGAGCCGUUCUCGGUGAUGCGUAACGCCAGCCGUCAAUCGUCAGCCAUCGUCGCUCAGAGCAGCAGGUCUCGGGAGAACGUAGCCUUUCGCUUCCUCACCACCAAAACUCCUGCUAUGCUGAUGACCGUCACCACGUACCAGCAGCAGUACAUGGCCAUCAUCCUGGCUCAUAAUGGGAGUUUGCAGAUUUGGUAUAAACUGAAGCAGGAGAAGGAGACGGAUGUGUUCAUGGCCACCCAGCACAGCCUGGCUAACGGGCAACUGCAUCGAGUCCAGCUCCACCGAGAGGGCAGGGACAUGUAUGUCCAGGUGGAUAAGGAAGUGAGUCAGAAGUUUGGCCUCUCCACCGACCGAGAGUUAAACAUGAUCCGCUCUCUGACACUCGGCAAAGUCACCAGUCGAGUGGGCGUGGAUGAGGAGGUGCUCCAGGCGGGAUCGAGAGGUUUCGUUGGCUGCCUUUCGUCGGUCCAGUUUAAUCACCUCGCUCCUUUAAAGGCGGCCAUUUUAAACCGAGGCAGCUCACUGGUCAGCGUGCUCGGGAAUCUGGUGGAGUCCAACUGUGGAAAGCUGGCUGAUAGAUCCCACUCCCACUCACCGCCAGACCACAUGGAUGGAGAGAAGCGAGAAAGAGAACGUCUGGAGAACUCGGAGCCGAGUGACUUGGCCGUGAUCGGAGGUUUGAUAUCAGCAUUGCUGUUGGUCAUGCUGUGCAUCGUGGGGGCAAUGAUGCGCUUCCUGCUGCGUGUCCGACGUGAGCGUUCCCAUCAGCCCAAACAGAAGGACCCGCGGGCUCAACCGGAGCUCAGGGACAGCCGAAAGGAGUUCUUCAUAUGACCCCUAAACGACCCCUUCAGCCAAGUAACCAUAAAUCCCGGAUGUGGCGAGAGAGGACGGCACCAGAGCCGCUAGCACACUUGAUCCUCGCUCCCUUCCUUAAUGAGCUUUUGUGCCCUCUAUAAACCUGACAUUGUGGAAUGGGACACAAACGAGCGAUGGAAAAUGUACCCGCUGUGUCAAGAAAAACAGUACAGUAUAUGACCUUGAGGAUGCAGAUAAUGCCCUUGAAUGACUUUCCCUUCCUCUCUUCCAUUCUAUAGGGCUGUGUGAGUGGGACACAGCCGAGGGGAUGGAGGACCAACACCAAUGCUAACUGGAGUACUUUAUAUACCUUUAACCUUAUAGACUCUACAGCAUGAGUGACCUCCGACCCCAUUUAGGAUGCGGCUCAAAUCAGUGUUCAACACACACUGUGGGCCUGCAGUGGGGAAUUAUGGGUAAUUAAUUUCAUUACUUCCACCUACUAUGACAGGGACAACAAAUAGGACUCACACUUCCUGUGUCCAGUCGAGCAGAUAUGUGUUUUCCAAUCAACACCUAAGAAGGACUAGGUCUCACUCGUGCACACACACACACACACACACACACACACACACACACACACACACACACACACACACACACAGCACAUUGUGUAAAUGCAGAGUGAACAGUAGAAGUGUUGUUUUUGAAAGAGCUCAGGGGAAUCUGUUGGCUGAAAUCAGUGGCCGGUAAAAACACACUCCGCUCAUUACAGAGAGUAAUGAAGAAAAGUUUUAAUCUGAAAAGUAUUAUUAAAGUUUUAAAGAGUA